AUGGACUGCCUUCCUAUUCCUUUCGUCUGCUUCCAGUGCGGUACCGAUCAAAACCCUUGCCACUGCAAAGUCGUUGGCCCUACCAUUGGCUUCGCCAGCGCCAUUGUCCUCGCAAUCGUCUGCUGGCCUGCCUCGCUCUUCUGUGGCUGCUGUGCGACUGAAACCGGAAAGAAAAUGCUUGCAACUCCGGCCGAUCUCAGUGGUUCAAUCAGCAACGCUAUACCGUUCUAG